AUGAAUGAAAUAUGGACAGUUAUCAUGUCAACCUAUAACCAAGGUGGUGAUAUCUCUGUUAUAUUGGCACAGUACGCAAGAGAAUCCCAAACUAGGGAAAGACAUGUUUCUUUCCUUUUGAAGAUGUACCAGGAAGAAAUCCAAAAAUUGAAGUCUGAUGUUCCUAAAAAUACAUUAUCAAACAAGCAAAAGAACACAAUUAAAGAGGAAAUGAAAGUUCUUGAAAAGAUAUGUGAUGCUAACAUUCGAGGCUCCUCAGAAGAUGAUCCAUCAACCAACAUAACUGCAUUACUGUUCAAAGAUAUCUUAGAAGCAGUACAACUGAGGUGUCCUUUGAUUCAUGAUAUGCUAGAAUCUAUUAUCAUUUCCAACCCUAUCAGCCGCAAUAUUCUGAAGACGAAUACACAUAAAAUGAUAUGUGGUUUGCAAAUACUUGGCUUUAUGAGUAACAUCAGAAACUCGAAGACAAGAAAUUGUUUCCCUAUGAUAUUUGGCCUUCUGUGUAUAUCUUAUGGUGCAGGAAAACAGUUUGUAGAUAUGCUACAAUCAAUGGGACUCUCUUUACAUUGGAACACCAUGUGAGUACUAAUUAUAUUUAUAUUACAUUAUACCAAUUUACACUUAUAAUUGUUACAUGAAUAUACUCUUCAAUUAAUUUCCUUUUAAACUGUUUACCCAACCUUAUACCCAGGGUCUUUCCUCUUGGCAGUGUUUUUUUCAGGAUUUUCUCUUGGGUCCGUUUUUGAAGAGAAGAUUGAGUUAAGCUGUACAGCUGGGAUGGCUGCACCCCCUACUGGGGGUGGGGCUGACACCUGCACUAAAUAAGUUAGUUAACACUAUAAAUUAGUUAAAGAUGGUGAAUGCAUAGUUUUUCUUGUGUUCCCUGAACUUGUGGAGAAAAGACCCUGGUAGACGCUGGUCACAUCAUCUGCUAAAAUCUAGCAGAUUUCUAAUUAACUAUCUUGGAUUCCUUUACGACAAUCAUACAAAAUGCAAAUUAUAAAUUAAACUAUAAAAAUCAUCUAAAUAUCAAAUAUUUAUUGAUCUCAUCUUGCAUUGCUAAUUAAAAAAUAUGCUAGAUUCUAGCAGAUCAUGUGACCAGCGUCUUUUCUCCCCUUGCCAAGAGGAAAGACCCUGGGUACGAGGUUGCUGUUUACCUCACACAGAAUACCAGCAAUUUUUAAUUUUGAAGUAUUCCCAUUUUGACUCUAGAGUCACAGGCUAUAUUCUAGUCACUCAAGUUUGCUUCUGCAUUAAAGUAAGGCCGGGUAAAUUGAUAAUUCAUACUGGCCCUCUAGAUCUGUCAUAGAGUCAAAAGAGGGUGAUUCCAGCGAUCAGGAAUUUCAUUGAGUGAGGAAAAGUCUGAUAUAAUAAAUUGUCGAUUUGAAUGAAUUCAUGCAGUUUAACCAACAUAUAUUGGAUUGUAUCAGACUUUUCGUCCCUCCACGAAAAGCAUGAUUGCAGGAUAUUUCAUGUUUUGCAUGAAUCAUAUGACUCAUUGAAAACAUGAAGAAAACAUGUGGCAUAUUGAAAAUCUUUAAAUUUCGAAUUUUGCUCCAACUGGAAAUUAAUAGAUUCUAAUACAGUGUCAAAUAUUUUGCGAAUAACCGAUCCGUUACGUCAUUUUGGAACACAUUUCAAAACCAAACUGACGUAUAUUAUACGCUGUGUAACAGUUGUAACAAUUUUUGCCUUGAAUUUAAAUCCAGGAUAAAUUUCUUGGAAACCGAUUUCCCUUCAUAUUUAAAUUUUUGUCCCGUCUGACUUUUACGUAACUGUUGAUUUUUACACAGAACAACGGUUAACAAAGAUUGCAGUGCAACACAUUCACGAACCAACGAAAUUUCUUAUAAUUUAUUUUGCAUUGUGAAUUGUUUUGUGUAUACUCACUAUUUUGUACAACGUUGACUACAUGACUGAUGCAUGCACGAAGAUCGUUUAGAAUUAUUUUUGUAAAAUCUUUCAAGAAGCAACUCUCAAAAAUGCAUAAUGCAUAUUGCUAUUGUCUUGUAUAGAUAUUUAAAAUUAUAUGGAUUUCUUUUUUGACAGCAUGUCAUUUUUGGAUAAACGUCUGACGGAGUUUCAAAGCUUAAUCGAUAAAUGUGCACCAACUUCGAAGCCUGUGAUUUUGUUGAUGGAUAACGUCAAUAUGUAUCAUGGAAACAGGAGACAUCACCGUCUUUUUAAGGUUCUUGGCCCUAAUAUGUGGAACUUUACUGUUCGUGGAUUACUGGUUCCCAAUCUAACAGAAAUCGAGCACUUGUUUCAAUGCGAAGAGUCUGCAGAGAAAGCACAGUGUUCAGAACCAGAGAAAUUGAUGGCUUAA